AUGCAAAGGCAGGUCGACCCAGAAGGGCAUCAUCAGGAAAGGCCAGAUUAUCAAGACCACGAUAGUGAGGGAGAUGGAAACGCAGGUCAAAGAGGAAACCUUGACGAAUUAGAGCAAGAGCUAGGGCGUCCAAACCAUGUCUAUCCGCAGCGUCCAAGAGUGCCGGGGCCCUUGGAUCCAGGCCGAAUGGAUCUCGACGACUUUGAGACCGAGAUUGGAUGGGCUGCUAUUCUGAAAAUUGUCAUGGAACAAACCGGUAUUAGUCGUCUCUCUGAUUUUGACCUGGUUCAGAUCAUGGCCGUGGAAGGGGAUGCUUUGGAUUCAGCCGUAGAGAUGGCCCAGAGGCUGCAUCAUUUCCGUGAAGAAUAUGAAGUUGAUGACUCGGUGGAAAGUGGUCGUUUCUGUGUGUCAGAGGCAAUGAAGCUUUUCCCUGGAUUCUUUCUUGCCCUUACUUUCACAAGGGAGGCAAACAGAGGACAUUAUACCUUGGUCCUGGAUGUCACAAAGCUCAAUUCUGGGCUUUUGAAACCAGGGGAGAAUGGCAUGAAGACUUUUCUAAUGGCCGUUUACUUUUGUUUCCAAGCCAUGACUCCUGACUUUGAAGCAUCACGGCAUGGAGCGCUGUUGCUGGUGGAAUGUGACCAAUUUAAUUCCAAACAGAACGUCACGCUUGGUCAACUCAAGCAUGCACACAAUGAGCUCUUCUUGCCAACCAAGUGGCAUCAGGCCAGACACUACAAUACAGGGGUGUUUUUCCAUGUACUCAUGAGCAUGCUUCGGCCUUUUCUUCCAGAUGAUCUGCAGGGCAAAGUCCAAUUGGGCUGCAAAUCACCCACAGGUCGACUGGAUCAUAUCUACCUACAGCCCACUUUGGAGGCUGCCAAUCAACGGUUUUUAGAAAGGUUGACAGAUGCACUUCGCAGACGGUAUGCUAACGAAUCCAAAUUUACUCUAGCUCCCAUCCCUGAAGAGGUGACAUAA